UUUACAUAGACAACAAGACUUUGCCCUAUUUGUCACUACCAUGUGUAUUUCUCUUCUUCAUGUGUUAAACAAGUGAUUGUUUUCCUUAAUCCGAAGCAGCAUUAUUUUGUGAUUAGAAAUCAUCUCCUGCUUUCCUUUCUCUCCAUUUGUUUUCUGUGUCAGAAUACAAGAAGAGCCAGCCAUAAAAGUAAAAGGCAUAUAGCAGAGAGAAGAAGGGAAAAAAAAAAAAGUGAAAAGAACCUGAGAUUUGGGGUUAGAGAAAUGAAUGGUCUCUCACAUCUGGAACCGGAUUACUCUGAGUUUGUUGAAGUAGAUCCAACUGGUAGAUAUGGAAGAUACAAUGAAAUCCUAGGCAAAGGAGCUUCAAAGACAGUUUACCGAGCAUUUGAUGAGUAUGAUGGGAUUGAAGUUGCUUGGAACCAGGUCAAGCUUUAUGAUUUUCUUCAAAGUCCUGAAGAUCUUGAGAGGCUGUACUGUGAAAUUCACCUCCUCAAGACACUCAAGCACAAGAACAUUAUGAAGUUCUACACUUCUUGGGUUGACACUUCAAAAAGGAACAUCAAUUUUGUAACUGAAAUGUUCACUUCUGGGACUCUUAAGCAGUACAGAUUAAAGCACAAGAGAGUUAACAUCAGAGCUGUGAAGCAUUGGUGUAGGCAGAUCUUGGGAGGACUUCUGUAUCUGCAUAGCCAUGACCCGCCUGUGAUUCAUAGAGAUCUCAAAUGUGACAACAUCUUUGUUAAUGGAAAUCAAGGGGAAGUGAAGAUUGGUGAUCUUGGUCUAGCAGCGAUCUUAAGGAAAUCACAGCAUGCUGCUCAUUGUGUUGGGACACCAGAGUUUAUGGCACCAGAAGUGUAUGAAGAGGAAUAUAAUGAGCUAGUUGACAUAUAUUCGUUUGGGAUGUGCGUUUUGGAAAUGGUGACUUUUGAAUAUCCUUAUAGUGAAUGCACUCAUCCUGCUCAGAUCUACAAGAAAGUUGUUUCAGGAAAAAAGCCAGAUGCUUUGUACAAAGUGAAAGAUCCUGAAGUAAGGAAGUUUGUAGAGAAAUGCUUGGUAACCGCAUCUCUGAGGCUUUCUGCAAUUGAGCUUUUGAACGAUGAUUUUCUUCGAGUAGACGAAUGUGAAUAUGAUUUGAGGCCAGUGAAUUACGGUAGACAGCUUGAUGACAUAGGCCCCCUUGUAAGGCAGCCUCUUUACGAGGUUCAUCAAAACUACAGUUCUUUUAGUAAUGGAUACACGAAUGGUUAUGGUUUUGAUUCCCAAAACGAAUGGGGGUAUCAUCCUUUUGAGGUUGAAUCAAGUGGAAUAGACCUCUUUGAGCACCGCGAUGAUGAUGAACAUGGUGAAGAUGUGGACAUAAGUAUUCGAGGGAAGCGAAAAGACGAAGAUGGUAGCAUCAUCCUGAGACUUAGAAUUGCAGAUAAAGAAGGACAUAUACGGAAGAUUUAUUUCCCAUUUGACAUUGAGACGGAUACAGCACUGAGUGUUGCAACUGAAAUGGUGGCAGAGUUGGAUAUCACUGAUCAUGAUGUAACCGAAAUAGCAGAUAUGAUUGAUGGGGAAAUUGCUUCCUUGGUACCUGAUUGGCAGUCCGGGCCAGGAAUUGUCGAAACACCACGUUUUUCUAAUCAAAAUGUCUGUCAAAAUUGUGUUUCCAACCACACCUCUAGUGGUUCCUUCAUGGAGUUUCUGUCUAAUAACCCCGGGGCUACUCAAGGUUGUGCACACGGAUGUACUUCAAUGCAUGGUCGUUUUGAGGAGAUUACAUACCAAGAAGACGAGUUGAAGCAUCGUGUGACCGGGGAUAUACCAAAUGAAUCAAACCAAUCAAACUGCCUACAUUACCAAGAAAUCUGGGGACAGCAUGAGAGUCGUGAGCUAAGUUCAGUGGGCUCUGGACAGAGCCAUUCAGAUGAAGAAUAUGAAAAAAUGAAUCACUUAGACACAGUCAUGCAGGAUCUUAAAAUGGACAAUGCCAUUACUUCUGAUGCAAGAAAUUCUCUCCGGAAUUUAUCUGGUUCACAUCCCUUUUCCACUGUCCCUUCGAUCUACUAUGACAUCUCUGCCAAUUCUGAGCACGAAAUUCAGAAGGAACUGAGGUGGCUAAAAGCAAAGCACCAGAUUGAGUUGAGGGAACUUAAAGAUCAGCAGUUGGGAAUUGUCUCAAAAUCUUCAAAUAAAGAACAGGAAAGAGAAAAUGGGAGCUUAUCAUGUCUACUCUCAAACACCAUGAAAGGGAACUAUGACAGGAAUUUAAGUUUUAAUUGCCUUCCUAGUCCUAAUAAGAGCAGCCCCGGUUCGGAUACCCAAAGGGUCUGAAAAUGUGAGGCGAUAUUGGAGUCUCCUGAUGCAGAAGAGGAGGAUGUGGGUACUGCCAACAGUUUCUAUGUCAAAUCGCAGUUGCUUCCACACUCUCUUUGCAGGACAGUUUCUCUCCCCGUUGAUGCUGUUGAUACAUGAACUUGCAUAGACAACGAAGGAGAAUCUGGCACCAGUUGCCUGCAAGACUGAGGUCAUGCUAGGAGAAACUGUGAUUAAAUCUGAAGGAGAACUUAAAGUAAGCUUCGGCUAUCAAUAUGAUGGUGACAGAGUCGGUUCUUAUGAGGCAUCGAAUGGAUUUAAAAUUCUGCUUGAUCUCCGAAGGAACAGCAGCUUCUCUUGCUUUCCGGAGCUGCAUUAAGUGCAAUGCCACUCUGGCAAACACUAAUAUCUGCAAUGGUUUGAUAGGGGAAGAAAUACUUCCUACUUGGGACUCCCCUAAUUCCUUUCGGAAGGUACCCUCUUCGCCAGGGUUGUAUGAUAUUAUCAUCAUCUCUUCAGAGUAGUAUGUCAAACUUGAGUUGCAGACUUGGAGUCCAUCUACGCCCGAGUCUGAUUAAUGAUGAAAUCUAUGAGUCCUACUUCCAAAGGUGAAGGUUUCCUCAGUCCCAUGGAAAUCAAGUGGCAGGUGGAGCUACUGGUGAAGACAGGGUCUAAGCGAUUUGUUUCCGAAGUACAAAUGUCAACUGAUUCAUUCAGGCAUGGGGUACUCGAUAGCUCUUAGUCAGGCCGAAAAUGAUUUUCUAUACAUGGUCGAGCAGGAAAUGGAGGAUCGCCCUGACUUGGUUUCUGACUUUCUGUUGGGUCUUGUGUUCUGGUUGUGCUUCUUCAUGGGAAUGAUUUUUGUAGACUUAAUUAAGGUGACAGCCGGGCUGUUUUAGCAACAAGAUGGUGAUGGCGAUUCCUUGAAUCGGAGUGAGAGACUGAAAGCUGUCCAGGUUGAUGAUGAAGUUGAAAGAAUGAGAGCUGUGUGUGAGGAUCCUGUUGACCCCAUGCCCAUUGUGGCUGGAAAAAUUAUAGGGAAAUUGAAGGUCACUCGAGCUUUUGGAGUUGGUUACUUAAAAAUCAUGGUUUUCUUUUUGCGCUAUUUGGCUGUUCUUUUUUACUUAUUAACUGAUAGGGUCACCUGUGAAACCUCUUGCGUGGCAGAGUUGAGAUUUGAAACAGCGCCAUCAUUCCUUGAGAAGAUAUGAAGCUCACAAUAUGAAUGCCACUAAUUAG